UUGUUUUCGAAAUUAAAUUUUCGCCGUUAAAAAUUUUUCUACAAUUUCUUCAUCCACAAACAAACAUAAAAAGUGAAUAGAAUGCAUCGAACAGAUGGAUUAGUACAAAGGCGUGUAGCCAGUUCAACAAGCGCAAAUAAUAUCAAUAAAGAAAAUGAAGAUAAUAAUUGUUAUAAUGGUGAUUAUGAUUCAUCUUCAAAAGAAACACGAUUAUCAUUGAUGGAAGAGGUGUUAUUAUUAGGUUUAAAAGAUAAAGAGGGGUAUACUUCAUUCUGGAAUGAUUGCAUAUCGACCGGCCUUAGAGGAUGUAUAUUAGUCGAAUUAGCUUUACGUGAUAAAAUUGAAUUGGAAAAAUGUCCCGGUAGAAAACGGCGACUUUUAUUACGUAAAGUUGUUAUUAAAAAUUCUGAACCAACGGGUGAUGCUUUACUUGAUGAAGCAUUGAAACAUAUUCGUGAAACAGAAAUUCCUGAAACUCUACAAUGCUGGAUCGAUUAUCUUAGCGGAGAGACGUGGAAUCUAUUAAAAUUGCGAUAUCAAUUGAAAAAUGUUCGUGAACGUUUAGCCAAAAAUUUAGUUGAAAAAGGCGUGUUAACAACUGAAAAGCACAAUUUUUUCCUAUUUGAUAUGACAACACAUCCAAUAAUCAAUAUGACUAUAAAGAAUAAGAUUUUAAAAAAAGUACAAGAUUCACUUUUAUCUAAAUGGGUAAAUGAUCCACAUAGGAUGGAUAAACGAAUGUUAUCAUUGAUAUUAUUAAGCCAUUCAUCGGAUGUAUUGGACAAUGCAUUCAUGUCAUUAUCGGAUGAUGAUUAUGAAGUUGCAAUGAAACGUACACGUGAGCUUCUUGAAUUGGAUAUGGAAGCCGAAAGUCAAAAGCCGAACACCAAUGAAUUAAUGUGGGCCGUUUUUGCUGCAUUGAUCAAAUCAAAUUAAAUGCAAAUUUCUCAAUUUUUCAUUUCUUUCCUAUUCUCAACAAAAAAAAACAUCGUCUCA